UUGUUUUUUUUGUUGUUAGAUACUUUGAUGAUGCUUUGAUGUUUCUCAUCUACGUUGGAGUUAUGCGUUUAUGGUUGUGCUGAACCUAGUUUGCUGAAUUUUGUCCAAUUUCGUGCCGAAUAAAUUUUUGAGAUUUAAAAAUGGCGUUUAUACAAAAAUUCAUGGCAAGUCUUGUGCCUACUGUCAAAGCUGAUGAGGAAGAAGCCGAAUUAGUUGAUCCACAAAAAGUCAUUCGUGAAGAAUGUUCAUUGCAGCCAAAAUGUGCAAAACUCCAGGAUAAAUUGACAACUUGCAAUGAUCGUGUCAACUCCAGGAAGCAAACAGCUGAAACCUGUCUUGAAGAAAUUCUUGACUAUGUACAUUGUGUUGAUCAUUGUGCUGCUAAAACUCUCUUCUCUAAACUCAAGUAGAUCAAAUUAGUAUACCACAAAAAAAAUAAAAUAAAAUCAAUAAUAUUUAAAUAAUAAUAAUAACAAUAAACAACAACAAAAAAAUGCUUAAAACCAUCAUAUUAUUAUUGAUCUUCGUUUUGUUGUAUAUAUAAUAUAAAAAUUCAAAGUUAGAGAUUUAAAAAAAAAAAAAAAUUAAUAAAUGAUGAGUCGUCGUUAUACAUGAGUUGUGACUAAAUUAUUUUUUUUCUCAUUGAUUUAUAGAUUAUACAUAUAAAAACAACAAUUUUUAGUUAAUACAUUUAAUAAUAUUGCUUGUUAUAUUUAAUAUAACAAUAAUUUACUUUGAAAAAUGAUAACAAUAUUAGUUAUUAUAUAUUUUAUUCAGAGCCAACUUGAAGAACAUCAAAACAAACUGUACAAACACGUACUGGUUUAUUGAGACCAAAUUUUAAUAUUGGUACAUCUUGUCCUGAACAUUUGCUGCAUAAUAUUCUUCCACAAUGACGACUGAAAUAGAAAUAACAAUUAAAACUA